AUGUCCGCCACACGCCGCGCCAGGCCCAGGGCACCCUCCGAAGACCCAAACGACCUGCCGCCCUACGAACCCCUCGAACUCACUCUCUCCGACAACGUAGCCCGCUCCCUCAACGCUCUUGCCACUGGGCGUGACUCCCGCCGAUAUGAAGAACACAUCCGCAAAGCCACGACCCUGCUGGGCCGCAAUGUCGCCGCCGCAAACGACCGCCUCGCCGAGCGCCAGGGCGACCUGCAAACGACCCUCGCCAAGCGGGCCGCCCGCGGCGCGGAAAAGACGCCCGCCGAUCUCCAUCUCGAGGCCUGGAUCGCCGAGUUCCAAGCCGAGGUCGCCGCGCUGACGGCCGAGUCGGAAGCCGCCGUGCGCGACCUCGUCGACCGCAAGGCCGCGGCCCAAGACGACAAGGACGCCAUCGCCGCGACGGCCGACCACAUCCAGUCCUUCCCGACGCGCGCCCAGCGCCUCCGCGACCGCCGCGGCGCCGCCGCUGCCGACAUCUCCACCCAGGACGCCCACUUUGACGGCGACGACGACGGCGCCGGGCCCGACCUGGCGCCGCCCGAGGACCCCAUCCACGACAUCCUGCAGGGCGUGCGCGCGGACAAGGCGCAGGCCUACGCCGCGCUGCCGCCGUACGAGCGCUACGCCCUCAACAACGACUACGCCGCCUUCAAGAAGCUCUGGCACGACGCCACGCUCGGCGACCAGGACGUGCCGCUGCCGGAUCCCGCGCGCUGGUUCGACCGCGACGGCAACCCCGUCGCCUCGGCCCGGGGCGGUGCGCGGCGCGGCGCCGACGGCAACGACGGCGACGGCGACGGAGAAGACGAAGAUCUCAUCAUCGAAGGCGAGAUCCACAGCUUCAUCUGCCCGCUGUCGCUGCAGCCGUUAACGCAGCCGUUCAGCAACAACAAGUGCAGCCACACGUUCCAGAAGGAGAGCAUCCAGGCGUGGUUUGCCGAAUCGCGGAACCAGGAGAGGACGUGUCCCACGACGGGCUGCAAUGUGCAACUCAAACUCAGGGACUUUUACGACGACGAUCUCAUCCUUCGGAAGAUCCUGCGCCAGAAGAAGAGGCUGGCAGCGGAGGCUGCCGCCGCUGAGGAGAUAGACGACGAGAGUGAUGAAGACGAGGCGCCGAGGCGGCGGUCGCAAGCCGUCAAAAGGGAAAGGCGGGGCAGCGACGACGAAAUAGAGGAUGAUUCUUGA